UGUUUCAGUGUCUCAAGAGGCUGGGUGCCACUCAGGGGGGCGGUGCACCUCUCCAGACCCCUCCCGCCCCCAAACCCCCCCUCACACACACACUGUGACCAGCAGCCAGGCAGGCAGCCUCCUCACACUACAACCAAUACUACACACCGCCGCAGUCAAAGCAGCAUCCCAUGCCUUCACCUGCUCCAGGAUAGACAGCCGUCCAUCCAACCAUUUCUCCAUCUGUCCGUCCGUCCAGUCAGACAGCCAGCCAAGGUGGAAGCCACGUUCAGGUGAGGAUGCUGGAAAACGGCAGGAAGGUGUUCAAAGAAGGUCUGCUGGAGAAGCGGAGCGACGGUCUGCUGCAGCUGUGGAAGAAGAAGCACUGCGUCCUGACCGAAGACGGCGUGCUGCUGCUGCCGCCCAAGCAGCACGACCACCCGCAGCACCACCCGUCUCACCACGGCGGCGGGGACACGGGCAAAGUCAAGGAGCUGCACUUCGCCAACAUGAAGACGGUGGACUGCGUGGAGCGGAAGGGCAAGUACGUCUACUUCACGGUGGUCAUGAUGGAAGGGAAGGAGAUCGACUUCAGGUGCCCGCAGGACGAGGGCUGGAACGCGGAGAUCACCUUGCAGAUGGUCCAGUACAAGAACCGGCAGGCGAUCCUGGCCGUCAAGUCCACCCGGCAGAAGCAGCAGCUGCUCGUCGUGCAGAUGCCCGGCCAGAAGACGGUCCGCAGCUCCCCAAACGUUGCGUGACCUGCGGCGAGCCCCGCGGACACUGGUGCGCCAUUUGCGGUUAAUUGGACACUCAGCUGGAGGAUGAAUAUCGACCCGGGCUGCAUUUCCCCCGCCGCUUCACCACCCAACUGAAUUCUCCAGGACAACCCCUCUUCCAUGUCGUGGUUUCCACAGAGCAGCUCCCCGUCCCCUUUUCAAUACAGAGACUUCUUUCACUAAAGACUGAUGGACAAAAAGCAUGUGAGAAAACAACUGUAUUCAACCGUGCGAUGGGUUUAUCCCUUAUUUAUUAGAUGUGUAUAUAUAUUUUCUAUAAAAAAUGUUAUGUUGUUGAUGAAUGUUCAGUGCGGUUGUUGCUAGAGUAGAACAGGAAAUACUUGUUUGGAGGUUCAUAGCCUACAUGUUACACAGGAACUCAAUUGGGAAUAAGAGUUUCUAUGUAGUUAGGAUGGUUGCUGUAGGUUAAUCAGAUCAAUUCAUUAUUGAUAAAAUGUGUCAUUGUUCAUAUUUUCAGUUUUCAACUGAACCAAAGACUCAUAGAUUUUUGCCCUCUUGUGCAGUGUUGAAGCUCAGAAUAUAUGAUAGAUAUGAUGAGAUACCUGCUCGACCUACAUUUGUUCAAUUGCUUCAUUUAUUAAUAGCUACAGUACAUCUUAGUAUUUUCAUUGUGUACAUCAACCAUUUUCCACUCUACAGUUAGUCAUUUUAUUUGGCAGCAAACAGAUACAAAGGUUAUCUUUUGCUUGCCUGCAAGUCUUAAAUCUAAAUAAGAUGCUAGGUUAUUGUCCUCAGUUUGUUUUCAGUGGUUACAGAAAGGAGCUAAGUAAUAUAGUAAGUAUGUAACAUGCACUGUGGAGUUUUUAUUAUAUUGACAAUUUUCAGGAGCUGAACUGUUCUAAAGACAGUUUGACUGGUUGCAUUAAAUCUCAGUGGGUGGAGAUAAAGAGUGUAAUAACAUUAGAGUAAAACCCAGGAAUACGGAAACCAAAACUGCUACAAAUUGAUAUCCAAAAGCAAAGACACAAAAUAGAGGUACCUUUACAUUUUUAAAACAUUUCUGGGAAUUCAUAGAUACUUUCUACAUGUUUAAGCUUCUUGGUCAGCUUUAAUCUGGACUGGUUACAUUUUAAAAGGUCAGGAACAAACAGGCUUUAAUGUCAAAUAAUUUGAACUAUAAAGGUGAAAUUUUGUGGCAAAAUCAAUUAAUUGGCUUGUGGAGUUAUGUAGAUCUGUACAUGUCUGUCAAGUUAAACUUUGGUGAACUUUGGCAAACAAAUUUGCAAUAACCAACCGUCUUGACAGUGCUAAUGUUUAACUUUGAGGGAACGGAGAGGCAGAGAGUCUAGAGCAGGAGAAGCUAUCAAAGCUUAUUAGCUGUGUGCACCACCCAUUUAACCCUCAAUAUAAAGUGCUCCACAAAAGAGGAAUGGUUUUUAGACAGUUAUGAGACAAGAGAAGGUAUAAAUUUGUCUCUUGAAUAAAGCGUUUGAACUUAUUGUCCUUUUAGGUAACAAGUUAAUAGCUAACUAACAGUUAUCAAGCUAGCUAGCUAGUGUGCCUCACAGGGCUAGCAUGUUUCCGGCUGGCUCAUGUUAGUAUAUGCGUUUAGCUUUCCAGUUAAAGCCCCGCGAGUAGUCAAUCAAGCUUCUAAAAUUGCAUAUUUUGUGAAGGCGCACAGAUUUUUUUUGCCGUGCCACUUUCUUGUGUGACAGUCUUUAGUAGAGCUGGAUAGUAUGCUCCCCAGCAUUACUCUCCAUUCAUUCCAGAAAGUUGCUCACUGGGGGAAUACACUGACAUUUUUUUUCUGGCUUCAGCAAUUUUUUUUGACUACGGCAUAGAGAAUUCUCUUCCUUGUCUGUCUUCUUGUUGGUGCUUGGAGUUUUUAUAAUGCUGAGAAAAAUGUAUUCAUCAUGUUGCAGAAGUUUUUUUUUUUGUUGUUGUUGUAAUGACUGUUUAAGGUAAAAAUUUUGGCCACAGUCGCUGCUUUGCAAAUCAAGCUUGCCAGUUAGCUAAGUUGAGCUAAAAUGGACUCUUUGGCUCCACCUACUGACGUGUACCUAAACCAAUCUACAACAGUUCUUCUUCAGAUAAAUGUUCUCAAGAUUACAGCUCUCAUCUGCAAGUUAUUUACUGUGAAACCUUUCGUAACAAAAAGUACAGACUAAAUUGUGAGUAUGGGCAACGUUUAUUGAAAUGUGACAGGUUUUUUCAUAAUACAGGGAUGUCUCGCUGUUAUUUCACUCUGGCUCAUGUUGUUUCCUGUCUGGUGGGAGUGUUUUCCACUGCUUCCCCUCUUCUCUUGCCAGUGUAUCACCGCCGAAACCAACACAUGCCUCUGUGUUGUUGUCAUCUCCCACACAGGGUAAUAGCUGUGCCCUUUAUCUAAUGCGACUGGUGUGAUGCUUCUCUGACAUGCCUUCCUGUUGCCAUCAUUACACACACAGUUAUAGCUGUGCCCUUUGUAGCCACUGUCCAAUUUCUUAUUUCCACGUGAGAUCUAUUUUCAUACCUCGAAAAGAUACAUUCCAUUAAAAAAAAAAACUAAAAUCAA